AUGCUUCUCGAAAUCGGCUCCCGAUGCGUCCCUUCUCCGUUCUGCUUCAAUAAGGAGCGCCCCAACUUCCAAGGCAACGAAAUCAUCGCACCUCAAGCUCAAAAAGACAACCGCGACGUCACUCCGGUCAAUGAAAACAAAGAAGACGGAUUCGAGCUCUCAGAAAAGGCAGCGCAAGCAGCACAAAUCAAUUUGACCGCCAAGUUGGGACGUGACGGAAAAGAGAAAAAGAAGCCUGCAUUCAACGAGAUAUGGCGACUUUUGAAGAUUGCGCGACCUGAAGCCAAGUCACUAGGUCUCGCAUUUUUCUUCCUCUUGAUUUCUUCCAGUAUCACCAUGUCUAUCCCAUUCUCAAUUGGCAAGAUCAUGGAUUUGGCAACGAAAGGCGAGGAAGCCGAAGGCGUUUUUGGAUUGAGCAUGCCCAUGUUCUACGGUGCACUUGCUGGAAUCAUCUGCGUUGGCGCCGCUGCCAAUUACGGUAGAAUUAUUAUUCUACGUAUUGUCGGUGAGCGAGUCGUCGCAAGACAGCGUUCAAAAUUGUUCAGACGUACUUUCGUCCAAGAUGCCGAAUUCUUUGAUGCCAACAGAGUGGGAGAUUUGAUUUCAAGAUUAAGUUCUGAUACUCUGAUCGUCGGAAAGUCUAUCACUCAGAACCUGUCGGAUGGUCUAAGGUCAAUCGUGAGCUGUACUGCUGGUUUUGGAGCCAUGGCAUACGUCAGCUUGAAGCUGUCGAGUGUCCUGGCUCUUCUCCUUCCUCCUAUCGGUGUGGCAGCUUUCUUCUACGGUCGUACAAUUCGCAACCUUAGUCGCAAAAUCCAGAAGAAUCUUGGUACGUUGACGAAGAUUGCCGAGGAACGGCUUGGAAACGUGAAGACGAGUCAAGCAUUCGCAGCCGAAGUCUCAGAAGUCGGUCGAUACAACAACCAAGUCAAAAAGAUAUUUGAGCUAGGCCGCAGAGAAUCGCUUAUUAGUGCUUCCUUUUUCAGUUCGACCGGUCUUAUGGGCAACAUGACAAUCCUCAUACUUUUGUAUGUCGGUGGUGGUCUCGUCCAAUCCGGCGGAAUCACUCUUGGAGAGCUUACUUCUUUCCUCAUGUACACUGUCUAUGCUGGAUCUAGUCUUUUUGGACUUUCAAACUUCUACUCCGAAAUCAUGAAGGGCGUUGGUGCCGCAAGCAGAUUGUUUGAGCUGCAAGACCGCGAGCCCAAAAUUUCUCCCACAAAAGGAGAACCAGUCAAAAGCGCUAGAGGACCCAUACGCUUCGAGAACGUCACAUUCAGUUACCCUACCCGACCUGCAGUGAGCAUCUUCAAGGAUCUCGACUUCGAGAUUCCACAGGGCUCUAACGUUGCUAUAGUUGGACCCUCUGGUGGCGGGAAAUCAACAAUUGCAUCCCUUUUACUCCGCUUCUACAAUCCUGUUUCGGGUCGUAUCCUUAUUAACGGCAAAGACAUCACUCAAAUGAACGCCAAGGCUCUGCGUCGCAAGAUUGGAAUCGUUUCUCAAGAACCUGUACUUUUCUCAGGCACUAUAGCGGAGAAUAUUGCGUAUGGCGUACCUGGAGCCACAAAAGCUGAAAUUGUGGCCGCCGCCAGACAGGCCAAUUGUCAGUUCAUCAGCGACUUCCCAUCUGGACUGGAGACGAACGUUGGACCGCGUGGCGCUCAAUUGUCCGGUGGUCAGAAGCAGCGUAUCGCUAUUGCUAGAGCUCUUAUUAAAAAUCCAGACAUACUCAUCCUUGACGAAGCAACAUCAGCACUUGACGCCGAGUCCGAGACUCUAGUCAACAGCGCUCUUGCUGCCCUCUUACGGGGCAACAACACUACCAUUAGUAUCGCCCACCGACUCUCGACCAUCAAACGCUCAGACACGAUUAUUGUACUAGGCAACGACGGCCGCGUGGCCGAGAUUGGUUCAUACCAGGACUUGAGCACUCGCCCAGAUGGUGCAUUCACGAGGCUCAUGGAAUGGCAAAUGACUGGUGGAGAUGUAACUCCUCCGCCGACCAAUCCAAGAACUAUAUCCUUCGAGGAACAAAUGGAGGAACUAGAACGUGAACAACGGGAGAAGGAGAGCGAGAUUGAGCCUGACGAGGCUGAACAUGAAGACGAGAAACUUCCUCAACGUAGAGUUUAA